AUGGUGGAGGAGAUGCACGUCAUGCUCACCAAUACGACUGCCAGGCCACAACAAGGCCAGAUGAAAGCGAAACGAAGUACGGGGUGGUCCCAGAACCAGGUCGAUGUCACUGCAAACUCACCGAGCGGCUCCAUGUUUGACGAAUCACCGAGUUCGAUUGCAGAAGAACUGCGGAUGACCACAAUGCAGAGCACGGAACAGCCUCAUGAUCAACUCGAUGUCGCUGCAUACUCAUUGAGCGGCUCGUCAAUUGGCGAACCCUCUGGUCCCAUCAAACAACAUGGAAAAGGGGUUCCUUCAGUGAGCAUUGCGGAGAGCACACCUCGUCGUAGGGGUCUGAGACGCCAUGUCGACCUACCAGCGGCCACUGUCGCGCUCAACAUUGAACGCCGUGCUUUCGGAGCAAGAGAAUACGAGGCGUUCAAACAGCGACACGCACAGCCGAAGAAGAGUUUGAAGCCAUAUUUCCUGACGAGUGUGGCGCCUACAAACCAGGAGCUGCAGGACUCCAUACCGCAUAUCUUCCAAUCGACAGCAGAGGGUAAACAGCAGACGCAAGAGCUGAAGAACGAGAUAAGCAGAUGGACGCAGGAGUUCGCUCGCUUCGUCGACGACACGAAAGCAACUCAGUCCAACAAAGACGGGCAUGUCUUGUCGUUGUUAGGAGCGCUGAACGAGGCAGUCGAUAGCAGUACUGGAAAGAUGAGAAAGCUGUUCUACGAGACUUCGGACUCGGCGGGCUUCACAUCAGUACUGAACCAGGUUGAGACAAUGUCGAAAAGCGUGAGGGUGAUGAAAGAGAUUGAAGACUUCCAGGAUGCCAAAGAGGAAUGGUCGGAGCAAACUGUCAGAUAA